AUGACCGCGGCGACGGCCACCCCCAUGCCGCCGGCGCCCACGCGAUGGCGGCGCGGGGGCCGCUCGCCACCGCGUCUCCUUCAGCGAGUCCUCCUCGUGGCCGCCUUCUCCGCUGCGGCCCUCAUGCUCCUCAUACUACUCCAGCACAGCCACGGCCCUAACCCCUCAAACCCCUCCGCCGCGUCCCGCGCCCGCGACUCCUCGGGCGAGCUCCUCGACGACUCGCCUCCCGCGGAGCGGGAUCUGGAGGCUGGUGACUCGGCGGUCGUAGCUGACGGUUCCGCGUGCGCGACGGUGGAGAGGAUGGGGGAGGAGGCCGCGGGCGCUGGGCGGGGCUCUCCGGAGCAGGCCAGCCUGCGGGUCCGCGAGAUGAUCCGGCGCCACUUCGAGCUCCACGGUUUGAUGGUGCAACAGAUGCAGUUGGGAUUCAGUUUUUUUCUGAAGAAUGUUCAUCCUAGAAUGAAGGCUGCUGCGUUGGCUCUUUUUGGAUUGCCAGAGUCAUUGUAUGCCAGGCCUAAUACAUUUGGUGAACUUAUGCGAGCUAUCAUAUCUCCAUCCAGCAAAGUUCAAGAAGCAGUUGACUGGGCUUUGAAGGGUGCGAAUCCAGAUAUUGUUUUGCACACGCGCAUGAUGGCGAAUAGGCCAGUCCGAGCAAGAAAAGCUGCAGUUCUUUGUAUUAAGAGAGCCCUACAGAUUAGCUAUAUCAAGGGUACACCUCUGGUGGCAUUGGUCUCAGACACACCAGCAUUUGUGAAGGAGAUAAAGUCAGACAUCAGUGAGUUUGCAGAGGUACUUUAUUUUGAUUACAAGUUGUUUGCCAAGACUUCUGGUCUGGAGAUAGUUGGAAAUGAUAAGCUUUCUUAA